UCCUAAGGAAUUGGAAAGUUUCCUGAUAAUUGAGGCGCUCAUGGGGAGUUUUGUACUGGUGUACCUUCGUUCCUGGAAGAGGCCAGACUAGUUGCUUAGUGUGAGGAGUGUGCUUUGCCUGUCAUCGGUACUGCCUUGUCCCUAUCAACGGAGACACUCGGGCUGUAACUGUCUGUGUCUGCCAAAAGGGCAUUACGAGCCUGGCUGUAACGUUAGCUGAAACAUGUCGACGUAGAUCCCGGUUGUUGUUGUUCUGUGGAGUGGAUUUGUUUGAAAUUAUAUUCCGAUUACCGUCCAAAUCGGAAAAACCAGAGAAACAGGCUGGGAUUAGACACGGAAAAAAUUGUGUGAAAGAGCGCGUGCUCUGAGCGCCGCAGAAACGCAGUAGGCUACAUUGUAUCAAGUAAUUGUAGCUGAUAACGCAACACAGUGUUACUUUACUGAAAUACCAGCGGGAGACGAUUCAGGAACGUCUUGUAUUCGAAGUUUAUCGCCCAGCUGUAUGCAGUUGUCAAGGAUAUUUGUGGUGAUCCCGGUGCAGUGACUGUCCUGUGCUGUCUCUCUGCACCCCUGUAUGUCCCCCGGCCACCCCCGGCCUAUCAUAAAGACGCUGAGCUCAGGGACUGCGCUGCUGUAGGACCCCAUGGCUCUGGGCCUUCCAUCCUCCUCCAUGGGCCCCUGGUCCCGGCUUGCUGAGCGGCUGCUUUUGGUGCCCCUGCUUGUCCUGCUGGUGUCUGGGCUGGGCAUGGCCCUUGGUCAGAGGGUUUACACCAACACAUGGGCCGUCCACAUCGCUGGAGGACCAGACGAGGCUGACCGCAUUGCUAGUAAACACGGCUUCGUCAACCAUGGCAAUGUAUUUGGUGACAUCUAUCACUUCCGGCACCGUUCUGUGGAGAAGAGGUCUCUGUCGGAUCACCGAGGGACGCACGUCCGUCUACAAAAAGAGCCUCAGGUGACGUGGGCAGAACAGCAGGUGGUGAAGAGUAGGAAGAAGAGGGACAUCUACACGGAGCCCUCAGACCCCAAGUUUACCCAGCAGUGGUACCUGUACAAUGCUAAUCAUCGUGACCUGAAUGCUAAAGGUGCAUGGGAGCUGGGCUACACUGGAAAGGGAGUGGUGGUGUCCAUCCUGGACGAUGGUAUAGAGAAGAACCACCCAGACCUUAUAUCAAACUAUGACCCAGACGCCAGCUAUGAUGUGAACGACGGAGAUCCAGACCCUCAGCCACGAUACACACAACUCAACGACAACCGGCAUGGGACUCGUUGUGCAGGUGAGGUGGCAGCGAUGGCCAACAAUGGGAUCUGUGGAGUCGGGGUGGCUUACAACGCCAAGAUUGGAGGAGUGCGUAUGCUGGACGGCGAGGUGACCGACGUGGUGGAGGCCCAGUCUCUCAGUCUGAACCCACAGCACAUCCACAUCUACAGUGCCAGCUGGGGCCCCGAGGAUGAUGGGAAGACGGUGGAUGGGCCCGCCAAGCUCGCCAAGGAGGCCUUCCUGCGUGGAGUGACCGAGGGUCGUGGGGGCCUGGGCUCCAUCUUUGUGUGGGCGUCAGGGAACGGCGGGCGUGAGAAGGACAGCUGUAACUGUGACGGCUACACCAACAGCAUCUACACCCUGUCCAUCAGCAGCUCCACCCAGAACGGCAAUGUGCCCUGGUACAGCGAGGCCUGUUCCUCCACCCUCGCCACAACCUACAGCUCUGGCAACCUCAACGAGAAACAGAUAGUGACAACGGACCUCAGACAGAAGUGUACUGACACCCACACGGGCACCUCCGCCUCGGCUCCACUGGCUGCUGGGAUCAUCGCCCUCGCACUGGAAGCCAAUAAAAACCUGACAUGGAGGGACAUGCAGCAUUUGGUCGUGAGGACCUCUCAUCCCGCCCACCUCCUCACCAACGACUGGAAUACCAAUGGGGUCGGCCGAAAAGUAAGCCACUCAUAUGGGUAUGGUCUGCUUGAUGCCAGUGCGAUCGUGGCUCUGGCUGAGAACUGGACCAACGUUGGGCCACAGAAAAAAUGUGUGCUGUCCAUGGUGGCAGAGCCCAGGAACAUUGGUAGUCACCUGCUGAUCACCAAGACAGUGGAUGGCUGUGUUGGGACAGCCAACCAUGUGAGCUCCCUAGAACAUGCCCAGGCCCAGCUCACCCUCUCCUACAACCGCAGGGGCAACCUGGGCAUCUACCUGACCAGCCCACAGGGUACCCGCUCCACACUGCUCGCUCCCAGGCCUCAUGACUACUCAUCAGAGGGCUUUAAUGACUGGGCUUUCAUGACCACACACUCCUGGGAUGAGGACCCCCUGGGGGAGUGGACCCUGGAGAUGGUAAACGUGGCAGGAGCAAGCGACUAUGGCACUCUGACUCAGUUCACCCUGGUGCUGUAUGGUACAGGCUCAGACUCUCCCAGCUCCACAGCCAAGGACCUCUCUCAGUCCAGUAACGGCAGCUGUAAGACUUUUGACCUACAGCAGAUCUGCAUUGAGUGCAAUGGUGGCUACUACCUCUUCCAGCAGGGCUGUGUGAGGGGCUGUCCAGCCGGCUACACCGCAGGCUCCCAGCUCCUCAGUUACACCAUGGGGAACUCUGUGGAUCCGGCCUCCGUCCCCUCCUGCCUGCCCUGCCAAGCCCCCUGCCUGACCUGCAGCGGCCUCAGCCCCAGCGCCUGCCUCUCCUGCCCCCCUCACAGCCACCUGGACCCUGUGUCCAGCACCUGCCUGCACCUCAACCAGAUCCAGAGGGAGUCCCCUGGCAACUUCAUGGUGGGCCAGGGCAACACCGGUCCCCGCCCAGAGCUCAGCUCGCGCCUGCCCGUCACCAUCGCUGUGCUCAGCUGCAUGAUCAUCAUGGCCACCUUCGCUGGGGUGUUCGUUCUGCUGCAGCUGAGAUCUGGAGUCCUGGCCAAACUGCCCUCACUGGAGGAGGCCGGCUCAGGCCUGAGGGGGGGCUUCAGCCUGGGGGGCAGCAGCAGAAUGGUGUCGUACCGCGGUAUCCCUACAGUGUGGGGCGACGAGGGGGUGAACACUGACUCCGACAAUGAUGAGUUUGACGUCCACAAUGAGAAGACUGCCUUUAUCAAAACACAAAGUGCUCUUUAACCCCCUCCUGUCUUCGUAUUCCUGCUUUCUACAGCCUCUCCCCCAAUCACUCUGAGUCGUCUAAUUCCGGGCUCCCUGUCCUCAUGGUCCCCUCUGGUUUCUCUUUCCCUGUUUCGCUCCCUCGUUCUUCCUUUCAUCGGGUUUCAUCCCCCAGGUUUAGUGUUCCACUCUGUAGUGGGUGACCUGAUGGGAGACUGGAGUCACGUGGAACAGGGAUGGCCUGGGCGCGCUCGGCGCUCGCUUCACACUCGGGUGCUUUUCUAUUAAACUGUCUCUCUGUGCCCUUUCGCCCUCAAUCACCAUCAGACAGAGUGUUUUCUGAACACAGCCCAUUUCCCGGACGGCUCCAGGGUUUCCCUGUCACAAUAAACAAACCAUUAUUGUUUGCUCUCUCCCUCCUUUUUUUUUCUUCUUCAUCUCCAGUUCCAGUGCAGUAGCCAGAUGAGAUUGUAAAUUGGGGGUACACUGUGUGUGUGUUCAGUGGACAGCGAGAUCGGGGUAGGGUCAGGUUCUGAGAAGCCACAGCGGAGUCCUCAAAGUCCCACCGUUUUGGUGAAUCAGCCCCAGGCCCUCCCAGAGCUGCUGAGUGUGUCCAUGCUGCAGUAUGACUGUAUCUCUCUCUCAGCUCUGGCUGGAUACAAGGCUAUGAGUCCAUGAGACUAGCAACACUCACUCUACCCCCAGCAUGGGGGGGAUGGGGUUCGGGCCGAGUGCUCGCUCGCUGCCAGAUCUCCAAAGAUAGGUCAGCAGUUCACCCAGCUACGCUUUACUGGGCCUCAGAAUUUUGACCAAAAUAAUAUUGCCUCUAUGAUUUAAAACCCCAUUCCCAAGGAAAUUGGCUUUCCACUGAAGUAUUUUAAUUGCUCAGCUUCUGAGGGUGAGAGUGUUAGUGAGAUGUAUUGUGGAUGGGGCUCAGUACAGUAGAAGUGACUUUUAGCUUCUCUGAGCAGCAGGUAGUGAGAGGAGUGUGUGAUAGAGAGAAGGGUUUUACGCACUGCAGAGGAGAGAGAGAGAGAGAGUAUAACAAAGUCUGGCCGUGAUUACCAGACGGGGCACUCCACUCUCUCUACUCUGUUGCUCUUUUAAUGCUGUUCAUCACACACACGUUGCACUAUGUUGGUCUUAUGUGUGUAUGUGUUUUUGUGUGUCUGAGUGUGUGCCGGCCAAGUGUGUGUGCCGGCCAAGUGUGUGAGCAGGUGUCCAGUUGAGCAAAAGGAAGGAAUGACCACAUUAGGAAUACUAAGGAUGUGGUUGUGUUUGUAGGCUCAGUUAUGAUACCUGUUGGCCUAUGUAAUUUCCCUGUCUGCUGUUCUUUAAAGAACUGCCUAUGUUAAAGAACUGAGGUUGGCUAUAAUAAGCAAACUUCUUUUAACAUCUUUUAUCUGUCAAUGAGACUUAUCACAGCUUCUCUCCACUCGCCCUCCAGUCGUCAUCAGGGAUGUCGAUGCAAACUAGAGAUAAUCUGUUUCAUAUACUUGCCAAUGAAUUAUAUCCUGAACGACACUACAGCUCAGAUGUGUUCCAAGGGAGGUUUUUUUUCUAUUCAAACUGUAUCUUUAUUGAAAAACUUAAGUGAAUUUUUGGCUGCAUAUCUUCCUUCUACAAUCUGUACCUCAUUAAUUCAUCCAUUGGACAAAUAUUGGAUCCAGCCAUCUUUUUUUUCUUGAAGUUCUUUUUUUCGCUGAGAGUGGUAUGUCAUAGUGACAACAUGCAUAUAAGAUUGAUGCAGCUGCUCAUCCCGUCCUCACUCAUAUCACACAGCAACGGCAGCAGAGUAUAUGUGUUCCAUAGCAAUGAUGAAGGAUUAUAUAGGUCAAAGGUGAAAGCUUUUCAGAAAAGGAUAUUUCUUUUGAACCUUAGGAGUUUCUUUCACUGAUUUACACUUCUACAGUAAUAAUAAGACGGAAAUGUCUUUAUCUACAGUGGUAGGGCUGCGGUCUCGCUCAUUUUUGUCUCUCUCCUCCCCUAAUCUGUUUUGGCACAACUUAAAUGUAAUUUAAUAUAUCCUGAUUUAUGCCCUCGGAAUAUAUUGUUUUCAUGAUUGUUUUUUAAGGUGUGUGGGGGGGGAUCCCUAUGCUUUAAUUCUUAUGUAAUUAUAAACAUUGCUGAGGAAGACUUAAUCUUCAAUACACAGAUUGGGGAGUUGCUAUCCUCUGAGUGCAAAGUAUUGACGGCCAACUUUGAGCAAAAUAUGUAAUUAUUACACAGAUGGAAUAGUGUGCCAUUUAGCCUUGGCUGAUGUAAGGUGCAGUAAUGCUGUCAUUGAUGAUAAUUUGUUCCCUUAAAUUUAAGAAAUAAAAGAUAGAUCCUAAGAGAUUUAUCUUCCUACCAGAAUUAUAGUUGAGCCGUGGCUGAGGCAAUCAUUUGAAUGUCCCAACGUACUUCCCCCAAUUACAUUGUUUCCUCUAAGUUGGUCACUCCUGAAUGUAAAAAUCUCUAUUGCAUUAUAACAGUAUGUCUAAGGAAACGGACAGCUGCUGGGAAAGAGGUUGUGCCCCUUGCAGUGCAGCCUCAAUACUACAUCUGACUGCAGCAGAGUUUCUGGCAUUACCAAAGACAGGGCAAUUUAGAGUUGUGUUCAGUACAGUUCUGCUCCAGAUUGCUGAGCCUGAGUUAGGGAGAUGACGCAAUCUGAGGUUUUCUAUAUGCAUUGAUUCAUAAAUCAGAUGAAUAUGUCCUCUUUUUUUUUUAGCUCUUUCUGUUAUUCCUCUUUUUUAAUGCAGAGAGACCUUUCCCUCUCCACCCCCUGCUUGGUGACGGUGGUGGAGCAGACAUUCUGUAUGCUGAGAUACAGCGUUGGAUGUGGAGGGAGCAGAUUGAGAAUGUAUCCCAUCCCCAUACACUAAAGGGCUGAAUGAGGCUGUGUGUGUGUUUAUAACUACAGAAGAAACACACUCAUGGGGGUUAAACAGAGCUCUGGACAUACGGCCCAUCCAGCUCUGUCCACCUCUCCACACCUCUCCUUAUGAAGUCUUUGGCCUGGGGCUACAUAUUAUACCUUACAGAAACAGUGACCUAUGAAUAAUGUAGAAGAAUGACUACCUUAGACGGGACAUAACUCUAAAAUAAGGCCUAUUUUUGUACUAUAUAUAUAUGGUGCAGUGUAAUUUAAAGAUUUUUUUUGCUCUUGUUAAAUUUGUCCUUUUUAUUUAAUUGAUAGAUUCUAUGAAAAAUAAAGAUCUAUGCAAACUUCA